AUGUAUGAUGCUCAUAUGGUCAAUUUUUUUGUGUUGAAUACUUCCACUUUUACUUCUUUGAAUUCGAAAGAUUUUCAUUAUAUUGGAGCUAUUCUCGAAUUGAUGCUUAAAGAAUUCCUAGCUAAAAAUGAAGUCAUUACGAUCUAUAGGAAAAUUACCAAACUUGGUUCAAGAUCCAUGACACAUUCGAUGCAAACGGGUUUGGAAUCCACUGUUUCUCCAAAACGAACAGGUGGAAAGCGAAAAAGGAAAAUUGUUCAAGAAGGUGUUUCCGAAAAGGCUUCUAAGAAACAGAAGAAGAAAAAGUAG